AUCUAUUAAGAACAAGAAAUGCUUAAGAUAGAUUAGCAAAAAAAUAAAAAAGAAAUGCUUAAGAUAGAACUUAAGCCACAAAGACUACAACAUACUUCAAAGAACUUAAGAGUCGUUUCCAGAUUAUCUUUCUGAGAUCAACAUGUGGUUUGUACCUAGAGAGUUUCAUUUUUCAGUGGCAAUACUUCUGCUAUUGUUUGGCUCACCAUGCUUAAGUUCUUUUUUGAAUGCUGAAAAUAAAAUAAAAUCAGCUGUAUUUUUGUCCCCAAAAUUCGAGUUAGGACCUGGAUCAGUUAUCAAUAAAGAAUAUUAUGAUAUUGAUUUUCCAAGAGGUCAUAUUGCACUCAAGAGUUUCAAUGCUGAAGUAGUUGAUGAAGUUGGUAAUCCUAUACCUCUCCAUGAAACUUAUCUCCAUCAUUGGGGUGUUGGAAGAUAUCAUCAAAGUAAACAUGUCACACACACAAGAAAUGAUGGCAAAAGGAUGCUUCAAAGUUCUAAUAUUGUGAAAGUGAGGAACAGUGGCAUAUGUCAGGGAAAUACUCUUGGACAAUACUUUGGCAUUGGAUCCGAAACACGAGGAACAGCAACAGAUAUUCCGGAUCCUUUUGGUAUAGAGAUAGGUAAUCCUGCAGAGGUUUCAGAAGGGUCCGAGGAUAAAUGGGUGCUUAAUGUUCAUGCCAUUGAUACACGUGGCGUAGAGGAUAAGUUAGGGUGCACUGAGUGUAAGUGCGAGCUUUAUAAUGUUACGGUGGAUGAAUAUGGAAGGUCUAUAAGGCCAGAUUAUAAAGGAGGUUGGUUAUGUUGUUAUGAUUGUACACAGUGCAAGUUGAAGGAAGGUUUUGAGGGUCCAAAGAGAAGCCUCUACUUAAGAUACACUGUUAAAUGGGUUGAUUGGGAUGAUUUUAUAGUGCCUCUUAAGAUAUAUGUAAUUGAUGUUACCGAUAGUAUGAAACAAUCAGAUAACUCAAAAGGAACGAACUUUGAUCAUGAUUGCAAGAUUGAGUAUCAAGUUGAAUCUUGCAGCACAGACCAUAGGGAGGAAAAUGGGUGUGUUCAUGUGAAGAGGACAAGUCUCCCAUUUCAAACUGGUGGAUAUGUGAUCUAUGGUGUUGCACAUCAGCAUUCAGGUGGAAUUGGAUCCACCCUAUAUGGACAGGAUGGGAGGGUUAUAUGUUCUUCCAAACCAAGUUAUGGAAAUGGAAGCGAAGCAGGAAAUGAAGUGGGAUACAUUGUAGGAAUGUCCACAUGUUAUCCUAAACCAGGUUCAAUCAAGAUUAUUGAUGGUGAAACUUUAACUCUAGAGUCUAACUACAACAAUAGCCAAGAACACACUGGUGUAAUGGGAUUUUUCUACCUAUUGGUGGCAGAACAUUCUACUCGUUCUUCAUUUUUUAUGGACAAAUAAUAUACUUUUAGAUAAUUAGUUACUUAAAUCAUAAUAUAAAUGGCGUGUCAUUGAUGGUAUCAAAGUAAAAUAUGAGUGAUUAAUUGUUAAGGGCAACCGAAUACUUACACUUCUCUCUAUUCAGCUAGCUAUGUGAUAAUGUGAGAAGUUUGUUCUACCAUGUACCUGCUUCAUUGCAAUUGUAAUGCAAAAGGGACUUCCAUUUAGUAUGAAA